AUGUCUCAAUCUCUCAGACCUUACUUGCAGGCCGUGCGAUCCUCGUUAACCGCAGCUCUUGCCGUCUCGAACUUUGCAUCCCAGUCGUCCGAAAGACACAAUGUGCCUGAAGUUGAAGCCGCCAGCUCCCCGGAAUUGCUCCUGAACCCGUUGACCGUCGCCCGGAAUGAAAACGAGAAGAUCUUUAUCGAACCCUCUGUCAAUAGUGUGCGUGUGAGCUUGCGCAUCAAGCAAGCUGAUGAGAUUGAGAAUAUUCUUGUCCAUAAAUUCACCAGAUUCUUGACGCAACGAGCCGAGUCCUUCUUUAUCUUGCGACGAAAGCCUGUAAAGGGCUAUGACAUUUCUUUCUUGAUCACGAAUUUCCACACAGAGGCAAUGCUUAAACAUAAGCUGGUCGAUUUCAUUAUACAGUUUAUGGAGGAGGUGGAUAAGGAGAUCUCAGAGAUGAAACUUUUCUUGAACGCCCGAGCACGUUUUGUUGCCGAAUCAUUUCUCACCCCACCAGUUUUGAAAAUGUCAAGUUUCAGUGACUUCGGCCCAGCCAUCGCUUUUCACCACCAGCCUCGACCAGCAAAUAUGAGCGAAUACCCAGCUUUUAUUAGGCCUGGGAAUAUCCAGACUCAUGAUUUCAACAUGGAUGCUUUUCCAGGUAUGCAGUCACCAACUCGUACUCCAGAAUCACAUGUGAUGCCUGCUUUCAGCGCUCAUCGAUUCACCUCUCCCCCAUUCCCACCACCACCCAUGAACACACAGGCUUACAUCCAUGUAGCAACUGCUAUGCAGAGCAUGGGUCAGAACUUUAUGGACCCACGGAUACUGUACAAUCAUCAAAUGGCGCAGUAUCUCAGGGAUCAGCAAGCCAUGAUUCAGCACCAACUGGAGCAACAGGCGUUUACUCAACUCCAGAUGGAACACGAUCACAAGGAUCAGGCCAAAAUUGCCGCCGUGGGAAGAAGACUCGGCGAUCAGGUCACCGCAUCCGAGAAUAUCCCCUUUCGAAUUCCGGCUACUCGCCAGAAGUUCUCUCCACACGGUGUGCUUCCAUAUGCUGUCACGAGACAUGAGAUUCAUCAACUCCUCGGUCGGCAUGCUUGUGUUCUUGGCCCUGAACAUGGGGGUGGCGUGCAUAUCAUCAUGGAGCGUUCGACAGCAAAGACCAUGGAUGCCUUUGUAGAGUUCAAAACCCAGAAGGAUGCCGAGGCUGCUGUUCGUCGUCUCAGCUUCACCGAGUCUGGUCGUUACGCUCGUCUGGGAACACGUCAUGUCGAUAUCUCAAUGAGUUCUCAAGACGAACUCCUCAAGAACAUCUUUCCCCGAGCCAACUGCAUUCAAUGGCGGACCGGAUCUCCCAUCUUGAUCGAGAACAAUGAUCCGUAUUCUGUCGGCUUUCAAGGUUUCCUGACCAAAGAAGAGAUCCGAGGCCUUGUAUCUCAUGCCGAGAAUCCAGCUCGCUCCCCGUUUACCGAACGUUGCCGUCAGCGUACAUACGAAUGUUUAAUAUCCACCCUUUGGAAGUAUCCUUGGUCCGCGUCGACAAUGUACACCGUUGAAGAUCGUGACAGCCUCUUCCAAGCGACUUUGCGCCAGCUUCUAGAGCUUUCCGAAAAGGUUAAACAGCGUCGCUUCAUUGGUCUCAACGAGGCACUAUUGCGUGAUCUGCUUCGUGCUGGACUCGGUUGCCCUGUGUUUAAUGAACGCCAAAAGAUUUGUCUUAUCGCAGCUUCUGAAUUGCCUCCCUUGCAGCCUAUCGUUCACCAUGAACCAUUGGAGUUUUGGCCGUUUGAUUGCCUGGUAAAACAGCCAAAAGCCGACGACUAUGAAGUCAUGUACUACGCUCAACUCAUUCGCAAAGGACUUGAAGUCAAUGUCGGAAAAGAUCUAGCUGUCCCAAAUAACUGGCGCAACCGUUACGAAGACAAUGAAGGCCCCUGGGGUAAUCUGUGGAUUGAGUGGCAAUUUCACGAUAAGACCAUGAUGUUCGAAGAAGCUGCCCAGUUGGAAAUGAAAGUGGCAAUGUGCUUACUUCAAGCCGCUUUGGGACGUGCAUGCAAUACUCUACAAUCUCCACUACCUUCGAUGUGCCAGGGGGCUUCUCUUGAGCCAUCCUCAGAUACUCUCGAGACUUCUCCAAGCCAGACUACGUCCAAGAAUAUGUUCAGAGAUUAUGCUAAUUCAAUUCCAUCUCUAUGGGCUGAAGAAAAUGCAAAGCGCGCCGCGAUGAAUGCAGGGACGCCUUCUCGUCGUCCGCACCGCAACAGCUCGAUUAGCACUGUGUCUGAUGAUGGAAGCUUUGGCAGCGCUAUCAAUGGAGUACAUCGUUCUACCAGCAACUCUACUACAUUCUCUACUCCAUUUAACAUGAACAGCUCAACUUGCAGCAGUAUCAUGACCAACGACAGUGACGGAAAACUCGACAAGGCAUUUUUGAGCGAAUGCAGCGGGGUUUCACGCCCAAAGAUCACUGGUUCACGCCACCACAAGCACAGUCUGUCGAUGUCAUCGAUUGCAACAGGAGCUAUUCCAUCCUCUAUGGAAGAUAACGGGACUAAUAUUUCUAGCCGUUCUCGUCGUGGAGAAAGUGUUUCAAUCCCGACUCAUGUGACUGGCUUCAAGGAUGGUCUGUCCACCACGCCCAGUGAGAGCCUCGACAUCACUGAUCUGAUGGCUCGUCACAAUAUCUGGUCUAGCACUCCCCCUUCAUUGACCGUCAAAACUCCUCCCAGCCCUGCGAGUCAGUCUGGUCGUAGUCGUUAUGGUAGUCGCCAUACGUCGGGCUCUUCUCAGUCAGGCCAACACCGUCGCCUUGCCUCGGUAUCUGAGGAUGAGGAAGACGCAUUUAAGAAACGCGUACUCAAUUCCGCUUUGACUUCGGCUUAG